AUGAAUGGCGCCCCAUACUCCCAAAAUCGGAAUCCGAUGGUCUGCAGCGUGUGGUUGACUUCGGAGAGUCGAGUCUGUUCACGCUACCGAAGUUUGGACUGGCUUAUUGUGAAGACAGCGAUGAAGAGCGAAUGGAACCGUUUAUGCCGGAAAGGGCUGCGGCAGCCGCGACCUCAAGUCACGUUUGAACUUCUGCCGCCAAGUGAAGCCACUUUGAAACUGGCUGAACAAAAGGCAUUGUAUAUGAAAAAGCUUCCUUUUGUCUUCAAUUAG